UUUCAUUCAGUCUUACUUCACAUCACAUACUGUAUGCGGAACUCUUGCAAAGUGCGAAACUACUGCAACACCGACCAGAGUGGACGAGAAGAUAUAAGUUAAAAAGGUCAUGUCAUCCAUAAAAGUCGAAUGUGUUAUCAAAGAAAAGAAUGAAGUCGGCGAGAGCCCAGUCUGGGAGGAGAAGGACUCCUCUUUGUUGUAUGUUGAUAUUACGGGUCAAAGGGUCAGCCGAUGGAACUCUCUGACCCGUCAAAUAGAGAGUCUUGCCACAGAGAAACUUGUAGGCUGUGUGGUUCCACGGCAGGCGGGUGGUUACGUCAUCGCGGAGGGAACUCGGUUUGCCUUCGUUGACUGGGUAAAGCGCUCAAUUACACCUGUUGCCCAUGUCAACGACAAGGAGAAACCAAACACCCGCUUCAAUGAUGGAAAAGUUGAUCCAGCUGGCAGGUUUUUUGCAGGUACCAUGUGUUUGGACAUGAAGCCUGACGUGAUGGAUGCGGCGCUGUACACCCUCCAUCCUGACCACUCUGUUGUCCAGCAUUUUGACCAAGUGCACAUCUCCAAUGGUUUGGACUGGUCACUGGAUCACCGCACCUUCUAUUACAUCGACAGUCUGGCGUUCAUGGUGGAGGCCUUCGAUUACAACAUCCAUACCGGAGGACUGUCCAACCGCAGGAUGGUUUACAAGAUGGAGAAAGAUGAAGGCAUUCCAGAUGGGAUGUGCAUAGACACAGAGGGCAAACUGUGGGUUGCCUGCUUCAAUGGAGGAAGAGUGCUGCGUAUCGACCCACAAACAGGCACACGGCUGCAGACUGUGAAACUUCCCGCUGAGAAAACCACCUCAUGCUGUUUUGGAGGGAAAGACUACAGUGACCUCUACGUCACCUCAGCGUAUACAGGCAUGGAUUCAGAUUCACUAGCCAAGCAACCUGAGGCCGGCUGCAUUUUUAAGGUGUCUGGUUUAGGUGUGAAGGGCAUCCCACCAUAUUCAUACACUGGAUGAAAUCAAAGGAAAAAGUGCUGUUAAUUAAAACGUGAUCAUUUUGCUGUCACUAUACUACAACAAUGUUCUAAUUGUGCAAUCAGUGAUAUAACUUUAGAAAAUCUAAGCUCAUUUCAGAUGAUGAUUUAGGGUCCAUUCACACAGCAUGCUUCUCCAUUGCUUUUCUAUGCAGAAUUGUGCAUAGAAAAACAUGUUCAUGUGUCUUGCAGUGUCUCACGUAAGACAGCGUUCUUAAAACUCAAAAAACUUUUCAACUGUUUUUUUUUUUCAAACAUGUUCUGUGUGAAUGGCCCCUUAAACAUUCAAAGCAGUUUGUCUAUAUGACUAAUAUAUACGAUGAAAUUGCAUGGAUAAGUUUAUGUAAAAUUAUAUAUUGUUUUAAUCUUGUUUACAUUAACUACAACAAGAGCAAUCUGUGACUUUGUGCAAGGUUUUAGGAAAUGAUUGCAAGUGAUGAAUUUUUGUGGAUGUUUUAGGUAAUUUUACUUGAUGCUUGUAAUGUAUAUUAACUAUAAAAUGAAUGCUUGUUUAGCUGUUCUGCUGAAGGGGGUUACUUAAUUAAGUCAAACAAGCAUGACUUUAACAAUUGUGAUAACAUAAUUAACAUUUUUAAUUAUCUUAAAUGUCACAGUGACACACCAUUCACAACCUAUUUUAUGUCCAUAUAAUCUGUGGAGGGAAAACAUAGGGCAGGACUUUAUUUUAUCCACUGGGAAUUGAUUGAAUUGGAAAAAGUAGCUGUUAUAUAGCAAAAAUGGUGGCUGGAGGGAAGAGGCUGAUUUCAGUCCAUGCAUUAAAGGAAUAGUUCACCCAAAAAUGAAAAUGUUGUCAUCAUUUUUUGAACAAAAAAGAAGAUAUUUUAAAGAAUUUGUGUAACCGAGGAGUUGAUGGACCCCAUUGACAUUCGUUGUAUUUUUUCUAUGCUCUACAAGUCAAUGGAACCCAUCAUGUGUUUGUCCAUCAACAUUCUUUGAAGUAUCUUGAUUUAUGUUCAACAGAAGUACGAAACAUACAGGUUUGGAACAACUUGAGGGUGAGAAAAUGUAUAGAUAUUCACUUGUAUUUACUUCCCUUGAACAAGAACAUAAUUGAGUGUGUUUGCUAAUCAGAUUCAACAGGCUUAAUGGAAUAUACCUUCUGUCCCAAGCCUCAAGCGGUACAUAUCCUCUGAUGUGCCAUGACAACCACCUUUCACGUUUCUCAUAAACAGUCAUGAACUGAUGGAAAUUCAUUCAGGGACCUCAGCAUAUGCUAGGGGUGUGAUAUACACCAUGAGGGGUGAUAUAGAGUCUAUCGAAAGAUGAGCCUCAUCAGAUGACUCUUUGUCUGUUUUCUGCUGACCAAGUUAUGGUAGGGGUCAUUCAUGCACUACAUGACUUAUGUGACCGGAUUCACAGAAUUGCACUUCUUUAUGUAUAUUUCAUCUAUGAAUAAAGUGAAUAUUAACUGUA